AUGUCCACUGUGGAAUCCGAAAAACCCAUCACCAAUGAGACAGUUGAGCCCUCGCUUCGCAAGAGAAAGUUGGUUCGUAAACAGGACCUGCUGUCCAAAUUGAAGUACAUUAUCUGGAUUACUGGCCAUGUGAUGUGUAUUGUUUUCGGACUUGUCACCUUCGUCUGGCAGACCUUGUGGUUGAAAAAUGUCUACUAUGUCAACUCCAUUGCUUACAGAUUGUCGCUUCUCGGAGCAUCCAUGGCGCUCGUUGCUACCAUGUCCCAUAAGUUUGGCUUGAGCUACUUGCCUCACUUCCCAACGUUGCUCACCCAACUGAAUUUCCAGUACUUGGUGUUGGCAAUCAUCUGGUGCUUCACCUUCAAGUCUGUCUUAAAGAUUAUCCCUCUUUUCUUAAUUUCCGUGUUGCAAUUGACAAAUCAUAAGAAGAUUGCUGUCGUUCAGAAACAGGCAGACUUUUUGGCAUCUAUUAUUGCAUUUGACGAGAUCUUCCUUGUUAUCUACUUGUUGGUACGUGCUAUUUUCUUCAGACAGACCUCUGGCUACCAAUUGGCGGUGGUAUUGAUCUUCAUGUGGUUGAGAGUGUUGUUUGAUGAUGACACCGCCAACAUGUUUGCAUAUAUUCUUGACAAGUUCGACACGAAGGUUUCCACGCUGAAGAAUGAGAAGGUAUUGAAGGUGUGGAAGAAGACUAAGGCCUUCCUCGAUGAGAAGAGACAGUAUGGUGUCCAGUAG